GCGCAGCGACGAGGGCAGCACCGUCCGGGCAUUCACAAUGGCGGUAACAGUGCACGCCGCCGCGGGCAGAUGGCAGCACAGGGCGAGCCGGGCGACUGCGCCCCUAGCGGCGCGGGGGCUCACCUCGGCGGGCGGUACGUUGAUCCAGCUCUCGCUGGCCCUGCGCGCCAGCAGCGCGGGGCUGAACAUGAGGUCAUCCUCCUCGUCGGCCGCUUCGUCGUCGCCCAUGUACCACUGCAUGCCGCCGGCGCGCUGCUACACUACUGAGGCUCCGCUUUUAGCAGCGGCUGCCGCGGCGGCGGCAGCAGAGGCAGGGCGCGCGCGCGGCCGCCUGCCAGCUCAACGCGGAGGGGCUAAAAGUGCCGCCGACCUGCCGGCUAAACACAGCGCCGCGCGCCCCGCUGCACUGCCCGGCACGUCGCGCAGUUCUCUUGUCGAUUUUAUUUCCAAUUGAGCCUCUGUGGACUGUGUGACAAUAAAAUAACCAGUGUCCUUUUAGGUUCCUGCCAGCGUCUCUAAGACCCGCCAGUCAGUGAUUUAUUUCACCACUCUGGCGAAAUGAAGUGUUUCGUGUGGCUAGGGCCUCCCGUCGCGUAGACUGUCUGCCAGAUGCAAGGCUUUUUAAAUGACGCUACUUCAGCGACUUGCGUGUCGAUGAGAAUCAAAUUAUGAUGAACACAACGCAACAUCCAGUUUCCGAGCGGAAAAAAUUUCCGACCCGGCGAGAAUCGAACCCGGAACCUUCGCAUGGUUUUCUGUCGCGCUGACCGAGGAAUUGAGAUGGACGCUCCUCUGGUGCGUGUUUGCAGUCAUGGGUAACAAUGAAAUCCCCGCACCACAGUGCCGUAGCAGGCCUCUAGAAGAGCCAAAGAUGGAACGACGCAGUCUAUUAAGGAAGUGUAGUAAAUUAGUAUAAUACUUGCUCAGUAGAUCAUAUGGUAUGACACUUAGCAAUGAUGAAGAACGCGCAGGUUUAACGUUAGUUACAUUACAUGUCAUCAUUCAAUUUUUUUAAUUACUAAUUUAUAUCCAAAACUUCAUCUACUGAGUAGAAAGAGCUGUCAGUCAGAAAUUAUAUUAACUUGUUUUUAAAUACUGGUUGGCCAGCUGUCAGACUUUUGAUACUAAUCGCUAACUCACCAAAGACUUUAGUGGUAGCAUAAUUCACCUUUUUCUGUGUCUACGCUAUAUUUAACCCAGAGUAAUGAAAAUCAGCCUGUCUCCUAUACUGCGAAUAUUACUUAUUUCUUUAAUAAGUACCUACAAGAUGAUCUGGUGUAGAAUACUGCUAUUACUCUGAUUACACGUUUUUGUACAAUGAUUACUGUUUUCCUCAACGAAGAAUUACCCAAAAAAUGAUGCUCACGAAAAAAGUGAGUCAACAUGAAAUAGUACUCUAAUUUACUUUUAUGUUAGUCACUAAAAUUUGCAAUAACUCUAAUAGAACAAGUAGCUGAACUCAAACGUUUUGGUAGACCAUCAGUUGUUCCAAUUCAAUCUUUCAUCAGUGCACAUACUAAAAAAUUUGGAAUAUUCUGUCUUAGCUACAGACUUGUUGUUCAAACUCUAUAUUUAUUAAUGAUGUUACGCCACUUACUGUACAGAACUAUAUAAACUAUGUUUUAUUACAAUUUAA